CACACAGACACACAGACUACACUUGAAAAGCGAACGAGCCAGUCCUAGCAGCAAAGGAUAACUUGACUGGAGGAAGGCAAGAACACGUAUUUUCUUCAGGUUCAUAGCUACUCCUGCAGGUGAAAUGGCAAGCCUGCAGAAUUUGAUCUGCUCCGUUUCCAAGCAGUUGGUUGCUCCAAAUUGUGCUGUUACCAGCAAGCUGAAUGCGUCUCCUCUGUCAGUCGUCAACGCUAGCUCGAGUGAAGCAUCCUCGGAUGAAAAGAAUGUGACAAGGAGGAGAUUAGCUCUGCUUGGUGCUGGAGCAUUAGCCACUGGUCUGCUAAAGAGCAGCUCUGCAUAUGCUGAAGAAGUGCCAAAGAAUUACAAGUCUUAUGUGGAUUCAAAAGAUGGAUAUUCAUACCUGUAUCCAGCUGAUUGGAGGGAUUUCGACUUCCUGGGGCAUGAUUCAGCGUUCAAAGAUCGUAAUGUAGCGCUGCAGUGCGUGCGUGUGGGCUUCAUUCCUACUACAAAAACAGAUAUCCGUGACCUUGGUCCAAUGGAUGAGGCGAUCUUCAAUUUGGUGAACAAUGUUUAUGCUGCUCCAAAUCAAAUACCAACUGUCUAUGACAUGCAAGAGCGCACCGUGGAUGGCAAGAACUACUGGACAUUUGAGUACGAUCUUGAGGCCCCGGGCUACGGCGUGUCCGCAUUUGCGACGGUUGCCAUUGGAAACGGUCGGUACUACACACUGAUCGUGACGGCGAACGAGCGGCGAUGGAGUAGGCUGAGGAACAGGCUCAAAGUCGUCGCCGACUCCUUCAAGCUGUCCGACCUCACCGCGUGAUGGGAGGCAGUUCAAUUGCAGAAAUAUCUUUUAUUUUAUUGCUUCGUAGUCAUGUAGAUACAUACAUACAUACAGACGCUGAUCUACCACUAGAAAAAGUGCUGGAUCGAACACCCUGGCUCAGCUUCCAGGAAAAAGGAUGCAUAAUUACCUUAUAGACUUCAAUUAAUUAAUUGUGUGUAUGCUAUUAGAGCUAUUUUUCUAUUAUAGCCAUCUAAUUAUGUUGA